CUAGAGAGAGACAAAAGCAAUGGCUUCUGUUCUGCUGGCCUACACUACAAUUUGAUCUUGUGGAGCAAAUGCAAACACCUUCACAAAACUUCGGUUAAAUUAAUUUUUAUUCAUGCCGUGAAAACCAAUAUAUCUUUUAGUGAAUCUGAUCCUUUUUUAUUUUUUUCACACAUAUAAAUAGUUUUUAACUUAAUUUAAUUUCCUCUCUCUUUAUAUUGUCGCUGUUCAUACACAUUUUUCUGCGUCACUGAUAAUUUAAUUUCAAGAAUGGGGUUAAUUUCUGGGAUCUUUCUCGGUAUGAUCUUUGGGAUCGCGAUUAUGGCGGGAUGGAAGCAUAUGAUGAAUUACCGAAGCACCAAGCGAAUUGCUAAGGCAGUUGAUAUAAAACUUCUUGGAUCUCUAAACAGAGAUGAUUUGAAGAAAAUAUGCGGCGACAAUUUUCCUGACUGGAUAUCUUUCCCCGCCUUUGAGCAGGUCAAAUGGCUGAACAAGCAAUUGAGCAAGUUAUGGCCAUUUGUGGCAGAUGCUGCUACUAUGGUAGUUAAAGAAUCUGUUGAACCACUAUUAGAAGAUUAUCGACCCCCAGGGAUUACUUCACUGAAAUUUAACAAGUUUUCUCUUGGAACUGUGGCACCCAAGAUUGAAGGUAUUCGUGUUCAGAGUCUAAAGAAAGGUCAAAUCAUUAUGGAUAUUGAUUUUCGAUGGUGUGGUGAUCCAAGCAUCAUUUUAGGUGUUGAAGCUGCACUUGUUGCUUCUAUACCCAUUCAGUUGAAAGACCUUGAAGUUUAUACAGUUAUUCGUGUCAUUUUCCAACUUGCCGAGGAGAUACCAUGCAUUUCUGCUGUUGUUGUUGCUCUACUUUCUGAGCCGAAGCCUAAAAUCGAUUAUGUUCUGAAAGCUGUUGGUGGAAGCUUGACAGCCAUUCCUGGACUAUCAGAUAUGAUUGAUGAUACCGUGCAUUCAAUUGUCACAGAUAUGCUUCAGUGGCCCCACAGGAUUGUUGUUCCAAUUGGUGGUAUACCUGUUGAUAUGAGUGAGUUAGAGCUUAAACCACAAGGAAAGCUUACUGUGACAGUAGUGAAAGGAACUGAUUUGAAGAAUAUGGAAAUGAUUGGAAAAUCUGAUCCUUAUGUGGUUUUAUAUAUUCGGCCAAUGUUCAAGGUCAAAUCUCAAGUUGUUGAGAACAACCUAAAUCCUGUUUGGGAUCAAAGUUUCGAUCUGAUUGCUGAAGACAAGGAGACACAGUAUCUUAUUCUUGAGGUGUUUGAUAAGGAUAUUGGGCAAGACAAGAGGUUGGGGAUAACAAAACUGCCUUUGAUUGAUCUAGAAGCAGAAGUAUGGAAAGAACACGAGUUAAGACUCUUACCAGCACUCGACAUGAUGAAGAUCAAGGAUAAAAAGGAUAGAGGAACUCUUACAAUUAAGGUAUUUUACCAUGAGUUCAACAAGGAGGAGAGUCUGGCUUCUCUAGAGGAAGAAAAGAGGAUUAUAGAAGAAAGGAAGAAGCUCAAAGAAGCAGGAGUUAUAGGGAGCACAAUGGAUGCUCUUGACGGGGCAGUGGGACUGGUGGGCUCAGGUGUCGGAAUGGUGGGUACGGGCAUUGUCGGCGGAGUUGGUCUUGUUGGAAGUGGUAUUGGUGCUGGAGUUGGUGCUGGUGUAGGAAUUGUAGGAAGUGGUUUUGGAGCUGUUGGCAGUGGGCUAAGCAAAGCAGGGAAGUUUAUGGGCAGAACAUUCACCGGCCAAUCUAGCAAGAGAAGCGGCACUUCUACUCCGGUCAAUAGCGCGCAAGAAAACGGCGGGGCGAAACCUCUUUAAUGCAGUUCCUGAAUGAAAAUUUGUGAAUUCCUUCCAUGACUACAGUUUGAGAACUUGUUUGGCAUGUCUUGUUUUUAUAGUUACUCCUAGUAUUUGUUCUUUCUGCAAAUUUUGCAAAAUCAUGUCAUUUUUAAUCUUAGUUUCAGCUGUAAUUUCUUCCCCUUCAUUGAAAUUUCUGUUUUGCAUAGGCAAAGUAGCAGUAGCAGACACUUGAAUAUGAUGUGUACAAAAUAACACGAUUCUCUGUUUUCUGGUCAA